CCCGCUUCAUGUUUGAGGGGCGUGAGAUCAAGCUGGACCCGACCUGCGCCGCCUUCAUCACCAUGAACCCCGGCUACGCAGGCCGUACCGAGCUGCCCGACAACCUGAAGGCUCUCUUCAGGCCCUUUGCCAUGAUGGUGCCGGACUAUGGUCUGAUUGCAGAGGUGAUCCUGUACUCUGAAGGGUUUGAGUCGUCCCGCCCCCUUGCUAAGAAGAUGGUACAGAUGUACAAGCUGUGCUCCGAGCAGCUGUCCCAGCAGGACCAUUAUGACUUCGGAAUGAGAGCUGUCAAGUCUGUCCUGGUCAUGGCAGGGUCCCUAAAGAGAGAAAACCCUGACAAACCCGAGGACGUUGUACUGAUUCGAGCCUUGCGCGACUCAAAUUUGCCAAAAUUCCUGAAAAACGACGCCCAGCUUUUCCAGGCCAUUCUGCAAGACUUGUUCCCUGGUGUAGAAAUCCCUGAGCACGACUACGGCCAACUGCAAGCAUCAAUUCAAGAGAGCAUUGAAGCUAGGAACUGCCAGCCUCUGCCGCCUUUUGUGAAGAAAGUCAUCCAGCUGUUCGAGACGAUGCUUGUGCGUCACGGCGUGAUGUUGGUGGGACCGACUGGUGGAGGAAAGACGACUGUUUUACACUCCCUGGCAGACACGCUGGGGAAACUGAAAGAACUCGAUCUGGGUAACCCUCAGUACCAGCCUGUCAGGUUGUACACGCUGAACCCCAAGUCCAUCACCAUGGGUGAGCUGUACGGAGAGGUGGACCCACUUACACUGGAGUGGAAGGAUGGACUCAUGGGCAUCUGUGUAAGGGAAGCAUCAAGUGACACCACUGAUGACCACAAGUGGGUGAUCUGUGACGGCCCUGUUGACGCUCUGUGGAUUGAGAACAUGAACACCGUGCUGGACGACAACAAGAUGCUGUGUCUGGCCAACAGCGAGCGCAUCAAGCUUUCCCCCUGGAUCCACAUGGUGUUUGAAGUGCAGGACUUGGCUGUGGCCUCGCCUGCCACUGUCAGCAGAUGUGGCAUGGUGUAUGUGGACCCUGAUGAGCUGAGAUGGAGGCCCUACGUACAGAAAUGGAUGGCAGAACGAGGGGCCAAGUUCAAGGAGGAGACCCAGGCGUACAUCAUGGAUCUGUUUGACCAGUAUGUGGAGAAGGGUCUGCAGUUUGUCAACAAGAAGUGUGUGCAGGCCAUUAAUCAGGUUGACAUCAGUAAGGUGAAUACCCUAUGCUGCCUGUUAGAGUCCCUCCUAUUGGUUGGGAAGGAGGUAGACCUGAAGCAGGACCCUACCAAGCUCCACCCCCUCAUCUGUACUGUGUUUGUGUUCUGCUACCUGUGGUCGGUGGGAGGGAAUCUGCUGGAGCAGUAUUUUGAUGCAUUUGAGACCUUUGUGCGACAACAGAUGGAGGACAACCCUGAUGCCAAGCUGUAUGCCGGAGGUGACUUGUGGAGUUGCUUCAUUGAUUUUGACUCCAAACGGAUGGACAUCUGGGAGAAGAGAGUCCCAGUCUUCAACUACUCCGCCGAGGUUCCGUUUUUUGAUAUCCUGGUUCCCACCAUCGAUACAGUACGCUUUGGUUACCUGCUGGAGAAACUGCUGGAUGUGGGAAGAUCAGUGCUGUACACCGGAACCACUGGUGUUGGCAAGUCUGUGAUUGCCCGAGCCAUUCUGAAUGACCUGGCUGAGCCUAAAAGCUACGUGCCCGUCACCAUCAACUUCUCAGCACAGACCAGCAGUAAACGCACACAGGAGAUUGUGGAGGGAAAACUGGAGAAGAAGAGGAAGAACAUUCUUGGUGCACCAAUCAACAAGAAGGUUGUCAUCUUCAUUGAUGACCUGAACAUGCCCAAGUUGGACACCUAUGGCUCACAGCCACCCAUUGAACUCCUGAGACAGUACCAGGACUUUGGGGGCUUCUAUGAUAGGGAGAAACUCUUCUGGAAAGAAAUCAAGGACGUGACGUUGUGUGCGGCUUGUGCCCCUCCUGGCGGAGGUCGUAACCCUGUGACCCCUCGCCUGAUUCGCCACUUUAGCAUGCUGUGUCUGCCGUCACCUUCAGAGCACAGCCUCAAGCACAUCUUCAAGGCCAUCCUGUCUGGCUUCUUGAAGGACUUCCCAGCUCCGGUCAAACAGAGUGUUGAGUCUGUUGUCUCUGCUGCUGUGGAGAUCUACGAACGGCUCAGCACAGAUCUGCUCCCAACCCCGGCCAAAUCCCACUACGUCUUCAACCUCAGGGAUCUGUCCAAGUGUAUCCAAGGCAUCCUGCAGAGUGAUGCCAGUACCAUCCGUGAACAGCUUCACAUCUUCCGACUCUUCUGCCACGAGUGUCAGCGAGUCUUCCACGAUCGACUCAUCAAUGAAGAGGACAAACUGUUCUUCAACACUAUCCUGUCAGAAAUGUCAUCCAAGCAUUUUGGACAGAAUGUUGAACCAGAGACAUUUGUUAACAACCCAAUCAUCUUUGGAGACUUCAUCAAGAUGGGCGCACCGAAGAACGACCGUCAGUAUGAGGAGUUGAGUGACAUGAAGAAGCUGAAGAACGUCUUGAGCGACUACUUAGACGACUACAACAUGUCCUCCUCCAAGGAGAUGAAGCUGGUGUUCUUCGUGGACGCCAUCCAGCACGUGUCCCGUAUCGUCCGCAUGAUCCGCCAGGAGCGCGGGAACGCCCUUCUGGUGGGGGUGGGGGGCACGGGGAAGCAGUCGCUGACUCGCCUCGCCUGCCACAUCUGCGGCUACAACUGCUUCCAGAUCGAGCUCAGCAGGGGGUACAACUACGACGCCUUCCACGAGGAUCUGAAGAAGUUGUACGACAUGGCUGGUCUGAAGGGGGAGAACACAGUCUUCCUCUUCACUGACACACAGAUCGUUGUAGAAGAGUUCCUCGAGGACAUCAACAACAUCUUGAACUCAGGAGAGGUUUGUAGCACCAACAACAAGUUUUAAACUUGGUUGCAAUGA